UGGAAAUCUUUGUCUUUGCACGCUGCUUUGGCGGCAGAAUUCGAACGUCGAGAGGGAGUGGCCUGUUGAGCUCCUCCAGCUGGAUCCAAUAUCGGAGAAUCAAAAUAAAUCUUCCAGGGAACUGUCAGACGGGAUUGUGUGAAGAGGAUGCCGUGAUUUUCCGCUGAAUUUCCACUAGUUUUCCCGGCCGAUCGUCAUGACGAGCUUGGAGAAGUUGAUCAAGGCGUUUGACUCGCUCAAACUGCCCAUCGGCUCCUCGGAGGACACACAAAACAGGAAAAAGGAAAAAAUGCAGCAUUGUGUGGUGGUGUCUGAAGCGAUUUGUGCGCCAGGACUGAGGAACACAGCUGAAUUCAUUAAGAUGUUGAGCAUUGCUUUUGAAACUUUGUUGACCACGGCUGGAGACGACGACACCGACGUUCGUAUGGCAGCUGACGAGAGUUUGAACAUCAUUACCAGGGCCUUGUUGGAAGGAAAUGUUGGCAAAAUUCAAUUAGAAUUGCACAAGGAAAUAAAGAAAAACGGCAAUCCGAGGUCCUUACGAGCUGCCCUGUGGCGCUUUGGCGCUCUGAGCCACCUGAUUCGGCCCCAAAAAGGAAGGGUUUACAUGCAGAAUUUGGUGCCGUGCCUGGACCAGAUUGCCAAGAGACCAGAGGAGCAGGUGCUGGAAACCUUGGCCGUGGCUGUUGAGCAAAUUUUCACUUCAAUUGGCACGUUUGCUGCAGAUGCUGAGAUUAAGAUGCUGCUGAAAACUCUGCUGGCAAAUUUGAACCAAGUGUCGGCAGUGGCUCGUCGCACAGCAGCCUCCUGCAUACUGUCCAUUUGUCUUAACUGCAAAAAGCCGCCAAUGUUUUUGUCCUGGAGCCUGACGUCGGUGCUCUCCUCGCUCCUGCCACUCAAAGACGACGUCGAAACCGCAGCAAUAAUCGGAGCUCUGGGCUUUUUUAGAGUUUUGAUGCCGCACAUUAAGGGCUCUUUGGCUGAAGGGUCUCUUGAGCACCCACUAGUCAGUAAAGAAUCGUUCAUUCAGAUUUAUGAGCUGUGUCUACACUUUGCGAUGCAUGCCGACCACAAUGUGGCCAAUGCGGCGAUGGAGUGUCUGCAGCAGUUUUUGCGCAACUGUCCUGCCGUGGUUUUGGAAAUGCUGACAGAUCAAACUGGCCUGGGAAGGUCGUUUAUCGCCAAUAUCGAUUCCGUUUUGAAGAAACGAACGUUCAGCCAGCUGAGCGUCGCCACUUCCUACAGCAACGAAGAGCCUGGAAGUUUGGUGGACGAACCGGCAGUUUACUUUCCAGCGUCUAAACUGCAGAUGGGCAACGAACCUCCAACCAGAGAUCUUGAUCUGCCGUUGGACCCAACUUUGUAUCCACUGCUCUCGUUGCAAGGUUUAGAGGGUGUUCUGGAGAGUCCAGUGCACAUACCGAUUCGAAUCCCGAGGGACGAUUCCUUUGCGGAAGACCAGUCCGAGAGCGAGGCAGCGCCUUCUCUUGUUGACUCAGAGCCAACUUCCCCUAAAUCAGCUCGGCCCUGCAACACUGGCGCUUUCACGGACCCUGACGUGUCCCUGGUUUACUGCACUAGAUUGCUAACCCACCAGUACCUUUUGAAGGGCACGCACGGCGACCUUUGGGAAGACUCUGAGGUUCGGGUCAGCGUCAAGGCCCUGGCCAUGGGCUGUCUCUCAGCAGUUUUCGCGAUGUAUCCGAAAGCGGUGAUGCUGCCUAUCGACAAAUGCGAUCCAGAGAGUCAGUGUGUGUCGGACGUUUUGCUCUUCUCCAGCCACCCUGACCCGCAACUGCAGACUUUGUCCAGCCAGGUGUCUGCCUCUUUGAUCAACGCAGUGCUCAGGUCGAAUCAAAACCACUUCUGGAGCUCAGGAAUUUUAAUCGAUCAAAUCGUGGAGCCAAUCCUAAAAGGAAUCAACGGCGAAUCUUCUGUGACAGUUCAUCAAACUCUAGCAACAUUGUCCAGUUGCAUUUGUGCCCUGAUGGAUAGCUCGGAAAGUAUUCUAGCUCUUCCUCUCAUUGAGGCUGCGGUGCAGCACAGAGAAAAUCCAUACUGGCUUGUUAAGGUUCGACUGCUGGAACUAGUCUCUGAAUUAAAGUUCACAAUUUUGGCCCACGUCUCUGGGAGUGACCACUUGCAGCACAUUUUAUUAAACGACGUCGUCCUCCAUCUUCUAGGUGAUGAAGACGCCAGGGUUCGAACAGCAGCUUGCGCUGCACUCGUCAAAAUUAUUCCAAAUUUAUACAUGGCUCAUGACAACCCUCUGGAAGAUGCUCUGACCAGUAAUGCUAGGGAAGUUGGCUCGAAAUACCUGGAGCCAGCCUCCAAUUUAUAUUCAGGACAGGUGGAUGCCAAAGUAAAAUUAGGUGCCAAUCUGUCCAGAGUGGUAGCAAUUCUUAAAAACACGCUGCUCACGUCAAGAACUAAAUUCAUAACGUUUGGUUGCUGUGAAGCCCUAGCUGAAAUUUCUAGCAGUUAUCCUCCAAAAAUAUAUCAAAAGGCUUGGGGCUGCUUUUACUUGAGCCGAAAGGAGAAAAAAGCCACUCUAAAGAAAGCAGCAAGUCAAUCAGAAAUCAAGCCCAACGAAAACUGCAGCCCAGCAACCUUAUUUCUUUCUUCCGUCUGCGCCCUUCUAACCACUUCCCCCGUUACAAUUGACCUUGGAUGCCAACAGAAGCUGAUAUUAUUCGCAGGAAAACUUCUUGAAGGAGCACUAGGCUUUUGCCUGAGUAAAAAGGACUCUUCCAGUUCGAGCACAACUUCCGAAGAGGAACUUCCAAAGCAACAGUGGCACCAUUUCAUCCAAGAAAGUAAACUGGCUACCGUGACAGAACAGCUGUGGAAUCACACGUGCCAGCUGCUGGCGAUGUUUGCCGUCACUCUGGACGACACUCCUGUCUCUAAAAACGUUUUGCCACAAGCGUUGAAUGCACUGCAGUCGCCGAUCAAGAAGAAAAAGGAUCAGGCAGACAAAUCUGGAGGGGAGGAAAAAGAUGACAAAAAAGGCCACAGACACUUUGCCAAUCAGUUUUCAGCAAGCCAGCAGAGUCUUUACAUACUUGAUUUGAUCAAAUGCUCGCACUCCAAUUACAAACUGACUUUGGACACGCAAGCGAGUGAGAAGUUCCUCUCCCUUUUGAGCUCAACCCUGACAGUUCUGGCACAACUUUUGGAAUUUGCCACCAUCACGGAAGUGGGCAGAGUUGCCGAGGAGUUGCUGCAAUACUUGAAGUGCACCGUGUCUGUUUGUCCUGUUACAACUGUGAAGAGUGUUCAACGGCUCCUGAGAAGUCUAUUUGGUUCCAACUCUUUCACGCCAAGCGCCAGCGAAACUCUGAUCUUUGGCAACGGCCUUUACGAAGGCUGUUUCGCCACGCACUACAGACAGGUUUUCGCCAGUAUCGAGGCGUUGCGAUCAGGAAGUAGCGACCUGGUCAAGAGCCAGGAACUCAAAUACGCGGUGGAGAGCCUGAAGCCGAGCAAUAAAGCGAUCAGGAGCAAAGACAAAGCCUCGUUGGCAGCCUACAUCAAAUUGUUUGAACCGAUGGUCAUCAAAUCAUUAGAGCAAUACACGACAUCGAGCGAUGUAGAGCUGCAGUGUGCAGUUUUGAGCCUGCUCAGCCAACUGGUCCUCCUGCGAGUGAACUACUGCUUGCUGGACAGUGAAAGGAUUUUCAUCAAUUUCGUCCUGAAGCAGUUUGAGCUGAUCGAGGAGGGCCACACGCACAAAGCCCAGCUGCUCGUGCCGCAGAUUUUCAAAUUCCUGGUGCAGUUGUCCUAUGAGAAGAACCACUCGAAAGCAAUAAUUGGAGUGCCGGAAAUAUUGCAACUCUGUGACGGACUCAUGGCCAGCGGACAACCACCGCAAACACACUGCAUUCCUGCUCUGGUUCCGAUUGUUGAAGACGUGUUUGUGUCUCGAAGUGGACACGGUUUGGCAGAAUCUUCCGAGCUGGAAACUCAGAAGGAAGUAUUGGUUGCAGUCCUCUUGAGAUUAGUUGAUUACCAUGAGGUGCUGCGACUUCUUGCUCUCAUUUUGCAUCAGAGCAGAAGGGACAAGGAGAGGUCGAGUCGGUGGGCGCUCAAGAUCUUAGACGCUCUGCUCCCUCUUCUGGCCAGCUUCCAGGUGCGGCUGGACAGUUGGGAGGCGCUGGACUCGCUGAUGCAGCUGUUCAGGACGCUGCCCAAGUCGGUCACCGAAAACCUUGACCCAUUUUUGCUGCUUUUGUUUGCAGAAGCACCGUCUGAAGAUUUAUUCAUCUCAAAUCAGCGUUGGCUGGCGAGUUGUUCUGUUGCCCUUUCCCAUCUGGUGGUCGUUGGGUCUGAAGAUGAUGUUCUGCAAAGAAUAGUCCAGCUGAAUCUUGAUAUCAGGAAGAACAUGUCUGAUCCCCUCAAUGUUUCCCUUUCCUCUGACCCGCCAGAAGUGAUUUUAGCAAGACUGUUAUUUUUAACCGUGGAGACUGUAAUGAAGCGAGUUUGUCACUUGGUGACCAACUGCGGUCUUCAACAGAGCUCCGCCGACUUUUUGCAGCAGCAAGCUGCCCACCUUCUCCUGAUAGUAAUUUAUUUGCUAGAGUCUGGUGCGUACUGCAAGGUUGCAACAGCCGCAAUCCAACUCGUGCAGGAAGACCGGCUGAACAUUAAUUCAAGCAACCAGCUCUUCCUGAAGAUUUCCCCCUUUUGUCCGACGCUCGCGGUGCAGUGGUCGUAUCUGCUGGUGCUGCUCGGCUGUGGCAGUCGGCCCUUUUGGUCGCAGCUGAUUGGAAAGACGUCUGAUAAACAGCUCACUUGCACCAGUCUGGAGACGGUCCGCAGAGCUGGCCUCAUUUUCUUCUCAGACUUAGUAGUACGUUCUUUGCAAGAAUGCGACACCUUUGGGGAGGAAGAGCACCUGCAGUGGCUUCUGCGAAACCAUCUGACGUCAGUGGUGCUGCUGAGCAAGGAGGUGCCUGUCCACGAAUUGAUCGACACGGUCAACCGAGACUCUUCCGCCAGCGGCCUGCUGCUGGCCGCCUGUCCGUCGGUGCCCAUGACCUCGGCAGCCAUGGCUUCCAGACUGGCCACGGCCCUGCUCGAGGGCGUGCACCAGGAGCAGACCUGGCCGCUGCUCACCCUGCUCGUGGGCCAGCUGCUGCCCUUGGUCGGCGCGCUCGCCGUCCAGAGGCAGCUGACCAAUUUGGCGUGUCGAAGGACCGAAAUGCUGAUGCUGCUCUCGCAGGAGGAGGCGUCUAGCAAGGUGUCUCAGGGCGAACUGGACACGCUCAUCUACGGACUGGAAGAGAGACACGAGCGUCUAAGGAGUCUGCUGACGAAGCUUCGAUCAAGGGUUUUCGGGGAGUCUCCUGAGAUUUCUCCUGCAACGCUAUCAAGCGCCAGUGAUGAAGCAGAUCAGAAACUGCUUUUGAUUCAAAUUAAAGAACGGAGCAAAUCGUGCGAUCCAGAGUGCUGUGCAAAGCUUCUUAAUAACUUGUCUGUGAACGACGUGAUGGCCGUGAUGAACUUACCAGAGUUUGAUUGGAGUGCUCUAGAAUACUGCAUUUUGAUCGGUGCUGAAUCAACCGAGGUGCUAAGCAAUGGUGGCUACGAAACAAGUCCUCUUUUGAUUGCUUCCCAAAAGUUCCUCUUUACUCAGCUGGAGAACUUCGUUCAAAUUUCUCCAGACGUUAAUAAUGAAGAUAUGUACAGUACAAGAUUAUCCCAGUGUUUGGAAAAUCCAGAGUGGACCUCAAAAAUUAUUCCUCUGGCAAGAGCACUCAGUGCUUACAUAGCAAUACGACUCCUCAAAGAGUAUCCAAGGAACAUCUUUAUUUUCGGCUUGCUGUGUCUGGAAGCAACGCCCUCGUUCUACAAAAAAUCGCUCUCCAGCCUUAGUGUGCUGCUGAACACGGCGUCGUCAGUUUUGUCCCUGAGCUGGCCAAACGAGCCCACUCUAGUCACGAUGAUUCUCUCUGCGUGCAGCUCGCUCUUCAAAAUAACCCUCAUGCUCUUCAAAGUCAAGUCGCUGCCGGCGCCGCCAGGAAUCGGUGACGACGCGACAAGCGCCAAGGUCCAGAUCGCAACCUUACUCUGCGUCCUAGACGGGCUUCACGAGAGAAAUCCGAAAAUCCCGAGAUUUCUCCUAGAGCCAUUGCAGACUGUGAUUCGGAGUCUGGCGCUUCUGCCGCCACUGUUUGUCCACGCCUCAACGCCACCGGAGGCUUUCAAAAUGGGCUGGACUCCUUCACCAGAUGUCCAGUUUCCCACCUUGCCCGUCGACUUUUUGAUGGAGACUGACGUCUUGGAGCAGUUCAUAUUCAGGUUGAACACCUUGGGAUGGUCGAAAAGACAGCAUUUCGAGGAAAGCUGGAUGGCCUAUUUGGGCGUGCUGAACGCGAGUUUGGAGCAUGAGCUGCAACCCGAGGAGGUGACAGCAAUAAGUCAGGCCCAGUGCCUGGCAGUUAGGGGCAUCACUUCGCUCAUUCUGCAAAGUCUGGUGCUUCCCGAACCAGGGCGUCUCGUCUCUGGCUCUUAUGUUCACAUUCCAAGAGGAAGCGAUGAAAUCGAGGCCAGACUGAAAAAAGCGUUCUACAAGCUUGACUCAUCAAGCAAAGGACAGAGCAAUUUAGAGCGUUACGGCUUGAAUGCAAGGAGCUAUGGGCAUAGCCAGCUGUCAAGGAAAUAUAUCUUGGAGACAAUUCAAAGAUCUGAAAACCCAUCAUUACCUGUUCAUGAAGAUUAUACAAAAAGGGAACAGCGACUCAAAGCGUUAGGACUGGAUAUCCAUUCAUGCUUACACUUUUUACUCGAGCACUACACCCAACUAACUGACCCACAGGCGCAAACGCAACUCGUGCUGCAAGUGGAGGUCAUCAGGUCUGUGUUGAUGUUGUCGGACGUUUUCACCGAGCGGUCCCAGUUCGAGUGGAUGCUGCACAGGUGUUUGGAAAUCAGCAAAAAUCAUCCAGUCGAGGACGAAAUAAUGCACCAGCUGCUGACAAUUGGAGUUUGCAAAGCCACUGUUGCAAUUGACCAGAUGGAGCCUGAGUUGCUGGAAAGAGUGAAAAAACUGUUGGACACAAGCUUGCGCAGUGGAUUCGUUACGUCCAGACUUUGCGGCCUUCAAAGUUUGUUGUUUUUACUGCAAGGAGAGCUCUUAGCCGACUUCCUGCCAAUGGCCAUCGAAUACGUGCAGAAACACAUGGACCUUGCGUCUGGUUCAAAUAGCCACAGUGAAAGACAUCUGUACACUUUGUGGGCGUUGAUCUUUUUCCUUUUGGAGGAAGGACGUGCGGAAGAGCUGUCCGCAGCUCUGUUCCAACUUGCACUGGCGUUGGCGACCUCGGGGCAGACCAACCUUUCGAUGGCCUUAGUAAAGGGCAUUGAGCGGCUGAUAAUAUUUGGCUCGAUGGAUGCGUCUUCAAAGAGUCAGAUAACUCGGCUCGCCCUGGAGAGGCUCAGGUCGACGCACCCUGGCACCAGCAUGGCCGGUCUGCGGCUUCUUCUCGCAUGCAUGUACACCAGUCAAAAAAGCGUAAUCGAUCCGACCGAGGACCCGGAAGAGCUUCUGCAAGCCCUUGAGAAAACGUCUGCCCUUUUUGAUAAGAUCAAAAAAGGCUACCCUGAGGAGGCCAGAGCCGUUUGCCAAGUGAUGCCUGCGGUCCUCUCAGAGUUUUUCCCUCCAUCGGAAAUGCUGACCAAAGUGAUCGGCGAAUUUAUUUCCAACCACCAGCCGCACCCCCAGCUAAUGGCGCAUGUCGUAUUCCAGCUCUUGUCAGACGUGUGUGGGCGGGAGCAGCUGCCUCUCCUGCAGGACUGGCUGGUCUUGUGUCUCUCAAACUUUACUCAAUGUUCCCCGGUAGGAAUGUCAGUUUGGAGUCUGACGUGCAUUUUCGUCGGCGCCUCCAGCAACCCGUGGCUCAAAGCUCUAUUUCCUGUGAUUCAAGCUCGGAUCGGUCGGUGUGAAAGUCAAGAUUUAGCGAUUUUUUCUGUCGCUGCUAAGGACUUUUACAAGAAGCUCCCAGAAAACCUGAAGGAACAGUUUGCAAAGGCAUUCCAAGCAAGUUCGAGCAGCGGACCAUUUCAAGAUGUGAUCGCCAGACUGACCCUGUAACAAUUUAAUACGUUGACUCUUCAUAAUAAUACGUUCUCGCUUGUUAAUCAAAACUGUUGUUCUCUACUCUUUGGAAAAUAUUUUAAUGAAUAAUCAGAAUUACCUGUUUCAUCAAAA